CAAACCCAAAGCAAAAUUCCCAAAACACACUAGAAAAUCCGAGUCAACAUUUUGUUCCCCAAAUUCAUUGGCCUUUGCGCAGAUUUCUAGGGUUUGUGGCGGAUUUCAAUUCCCACUUCUCUGUUUCUGUUUCUUUAGGGUUUUAACUACCGGUCAGUUUUAUUUAAUUAUUACUCUCGCUUCUCUUAAUUUUAAUCCCAGUGAAUCAAUCAUAGGAGAGGAGGAAGAAAUUACGAGUCUAUAGAAAAUGGAUUCGUCGCAAGCUUCAACGUUAGGGACGAGUGGGAGCGGUGGAAACGGGUUGGUAAGCACUCAAACUACUGAGACGGCAAACGCAACCCCUAAUGAUGAUCCUAAGCAGAAUCUGAAUCAAGUAAUCAACUCCAUCCAGAAAACUUUAGGCCUUCUUCAUCAACUAUAUCUCACCGUCUCUUCUUUCAAUGCCGCUUCCCAGCUCCCUCUCCUUCAGCGCCUUAAUUCAUUAGUUACGGAGCUCGAUAACAUGGCAAAGUUAUCUGAAAAGUGUAAUAUUCAAGUGCCGAUGGAAGUUCUUAAUUUGAUUGAUGAUGGGAAGAACCCUGAUGAAUUUACGAGAGAUGUUUUAAACGGUUGUAUUGCAAAAAAUCAGGUUACUAAAGGCAAAACCGAUGCUUUCAAGGGCUUACGGAAACAUCUUCUCGAAGAGCUUGAACAGGCAUUUCCUGAUGAAGUUGAAUCCUACAGGGAGAUACGCGCGAGUGCUGCUGCUGAAUACAAGCGGCUCGCACAAUCACAAAGUAUUUUACAAAAUGGAGAUGUAAAAGUCAAAACUGAGCUUUAGAUAAUUGUAUUUGGUGUUCUUUUUUCCGCCCUUUUUCAUCUAUAUAGGUUUCUGUAUGUACGAGAUUUGCUCAAUACAUUCUGAUGUAACGACAUUUCUGGCUUGUAUUAAGAAUUUGACAAUUUAGUGCGCACUCUUUCUAAUAUUAAUGGUGGGAACAUUUGAGCAUUCUCUGUA